AUGAUCGAAGCUCUUGUUUGUCCUUCAGUCCCUGACGAAUAUUCUGAGUUAACCAAUGCAGACUUUCAUGAGAUUAUUCCCUUUGUCAAUCAAAAGUGUGAUCCAUUUUCGACAACUCCUGCUAUUCAAACGCAAUCAAAUGUUUCCACUGAGGCAACUCAAACUAAUGUUAUUGAUGAUGACUAUUUGCAAAUGGAAGGUAAGAUCGAUGUGGAUUAUCAGAUUGUCACUACUGUAACCACAAUCAGCACCAGCACCAGCAGUAUCCAAACACCAGACAUAGACCAUUUGUUCACAUCUUUAAACCUGAUAACACGAGCUAAGCCUCACUACUGUCAUAUUGAGAAUGAGUCUCUUGCUCAUAAACUCUCCACUCACCUCAACAAGUUGCAUUUAGCUGAAGAAAGAUUGACGAUCGGUUGCCGACCAGAAACAAACCAAAAUGGAGGCAAGUCGAGCAGCAUCAAGAAGUGCACCUCGAAUACACCACAAGUCGGUAAUUUGAAUGAAUAUGUACCAGAAACAACUUUUGGAUACAAAGAUGACAUUUCGAGCGAGCCAGAUAAUGACUAUUAUACCCCAGGUCUGUCGUUUGUUGCGAAUCUCGAAAAUAGCAGACAAGGUAAACUACAACACCUGAAUACAAACCAGUCAGGUGAGGAAGAGGACGAUGAUUAUGUGAUUGAACCUAGAUAUAAUGAACUGUACAUGCUAGAUCCCAGAAGUGAUGUUACAGAAUUUCCCGAUAAUGCACGAUGCUAUGAUAAAAGGGGGUUGGCCGAAGUCGAUAUUUGCAAUGAUAAUCCAAAUCUGUUUCCGGAGUCAAUGAAUGGUGGCCUUGAAACGGUUGAUGAAGAGAAGAGAAAGGAAGCUUAUAAUUUGAUUGAAGACGUUUAUGAAUUGAGUCAAGAAGACAAUUAUUGGGCCAAUGAAGCUUAUAAUAUUUCGAAAAGAGAAAGGAUGAACAAACGAUGA